CUUUGGGUACGCCUCUUCCUAUUCUCAUUAUGCGGGGGCGAUGAGUUUCCCGCACACACCCAUGAUAACAGAUUAGAAAGGACGAUGGACAGAAAGACAACGCCUCGCCGGUACCGCUGUCAACUCGGAGGGAAACCCACCGCCCCCCAGUGUACCUGUAAUUUCAUCCCCUCGGAAUUGUGAGGUAGGUGUACAUUGGGUUCUCGGCUUUCUGCAGACCGCGCACAUAGUCACGAGAAUCUCGCGACAUUUCAUCCCAAGACCAACACCUGGGCAACAAUUGCAGGCCGGCUUCCAGCUUCAUCUUCUCCAUGAUUCCCUGGGUGGUCCUCGCUGCCUGCCUCUGCUUCCCGCCUCCCUUCUCCAAGACCAUGGUGGAGACCGCUCCGGCACCGCCAGGGACUGGGGUCGGUGACGUGUCGCCAUGGACAACGACACCAUCACGUGGUGUUGCAGCAGGUGGAGAUACUGCCCCACCCUCGUCGAGGUCGUCGCUGGAUACACAAACACCGAUAAGAAACUUCAUCUACAGUCGCGCGGCUGUCGUCGGCGGUACCGCGGAUCCGUGGGUGUCGAAAGCGUUGUCGACCAUUCUUAGCAGCGUCUCACUUAUCGUGGAGAACGCGCUCAAUAGUUCGGCGGGAGGUGGUUUGAACAGCUCGUUGACCACCUCAGAUGACUUGGGAAUUCUCUUGGACGGAAUAACUUCUCCGCCUGAGCCCAAGAUUGAGAACAGGGACGAUGUGUUUGGCAAUAACAGUCUGACGUUGAGUCCUAGUCCGCGGACGACGUCAGUUUUGCCGCGUGUCUCGACGACAACGAAAACGACGACGACGACUUUGAAAAUAACAUCUUUGCCGUCUGUGACUAGCAAAACGAACGAUAAUGCUGCAAAGACUCUCCAGCCAACAUCAUCACGAUCAUCGACUACGACAACAGUGACAAGACCAUCGACAACAUCACUAGCAUCAGCAAAAAUAACGACUCAGACCUCAACCACCAGACUCCAAACGCCAGCUGCUACUCUUCCUGUGACGAGUUCAAGUCUCACAACACCUACCACUGCGACAACAUCUUCCAAAACGACGACAUUGACACCCGAUGUUGUGGUUGGGACUGAAACAACUGCAGCGACCACAGUUGACGCCGUGACUACAUAUAACGCGAUCGCUACACUGGAUACAGCGACUACACCCUAUAUGUCUAUACCCGAUACUUCAGCUAUACCUGAUGCAAAAAGCUUGUCUUAUACAACCAGCCUACCCGGUACAACGACCUUAACUGAUACAACAACAUUGCCCUAUACAACCAGCUUACACGAUACAACGACCAUACCCGGUACAACAACCUUGCCUGAUACAACAGCCACCCCCAUAACAGGCAAUACACUCAAAAUAACCACCAUACCCGAUACACCCACACUCGAUUUAACGACCACGUCUAAUACAGACAGAAAAGCGGUGAUGUCCCCAAAAGCUCAGACAACCACAAGCCCACCCCGAAAACAAGAUUUUAUCAUCUUCGUCGUGAACUACCCACCCGGUUUGAGCAACGGGUACUUGAGCAGAAAUGGAACCGCCCUGUGGACCAACCGCUUUGCUGGUCUACCGUUGGAACGUCGUCUGCCUCCGGCGUUGGCCAUGUUUGUCAAUCGACUGAAAGAACAACAACGCAGCCACACACAGGAACCAGAUCGCCUCCCUCUUACUCCUCCACCUAACCCUUCUCCUCCUUCUUCUGUGUGGUCUGGAGAGAGCCCUCGAGAAAGAUCUCCUGACGGGGAAGCUUUCUUCAGACCAUCUGACGGCAAGUCGUCAGCACAAGCGACCCCACGACCUGCAGAAGGAAAAAUCCCCGGUGUAAGAAACCCGGUGAAAAAGACCAACGAAACUCCGCGACCCAUUCCACGUGACCCCGAGGCCAGGAAGUUCUUCUUCCACAAUUUGCUGGCAGAGAUCAUCAGACGACACUGGGCAGUGCUGGACCCUUGGGAGAGGCACAGGCGUCGGCAGGAGGACAUGGCACGAAGGCGGCAAGCACAGCUCCAGGCAGACAAAAUGGUCGGUCCUCCCUUUCGAGAAACUUCCCACAAACUAGUCAUCCCUACCACUCCCACCCCAGAUGCUCGUGUUGUUUUUACGGGAGGGAAAACUUCAGCUGCUGACACCGACCCUCGACAAGUCUUCGUGCACACCCAACUGCAGACUGACCCUCGGUCGGUUCCAGUCCUGGUCGUGCCGUCAGGUGCAGACCAGAGGCAGCAGUUCCUCAGAAUGUUUCCCAGGGGAGAUUCUGUGGGAAAGGUUAUUCCCAGUUCUAACCAGGCAAGCCAAGGUCUUCCCAUUUCCCAGAACUGGUUAUCACAACUGUUCCAAAGCAUGACCGACUUUGGUCGACGUGUUAGUGUUGCCAUUCCCUGAUCACCAAACUUCUCUCCCAACCUCACCUCUUCCUAGCUUCCCGAGUUCUUCUCCAACCUUUUUAUUUUGUAGUAAGCAACUAUAGACUGAGGAAGUGUGAUAUUUUGAAGGUGUAAAUCCAGUUUUGUUAAUUGUAGUGAACACACCAACUUCACAAUUUCUUUUGCUGUAUCCAGAGCUAUCAUUGUUCAGAAAAGAAGCAAAAUAAACACUUCCGCCAUUUUUUAAUUGUUGGUACUUAAUUCCGCUCUCAGUAAUGAGACAUGAAAUUGUCAUUCGUUCACAAAGAUCAUCUGAACAAUGCACUCAAAAAGAAAUAAAAGAAUACGCACACAUUCAAACACACCUACACGCAUACAUACCUGCAUUCAUACAAAUACAUAAAACUCACUUUAACGUGUCAAGACAUCCUUACAUAUCACAAAAAUAAUUUUUAUGUAAAGCAAAGCUAUUGCUUGUGACAGUUCAUGAUUUACAGAAAGUUUUCAUCUUUGUUUUGCUGUUGACGCCGACUGUGGAAAACAACUUGUACGCCCUGCAUCUUUAUUGUUCAUCCUUUAACAAAGGAAAAAGUGUAUUUACAAUUGGACCUGGCGUUGUUGUUAUUGUUGUUUUUAUAUUGUUGUUGCUGCUGGCAGUGGCAUGAGAAAGGCUCUGUAUAUCUGAUAUGAUUUCACCCUUUGCGGGGAUGGGGAGGUGAUGGGCAAGGGUGUAAAGGAAUCCAAGGGGUUAAAGAGAAGGAUGCGAUGGUUAAGUCUGAUGGUAUUGCUCGUGGUGUCUGUCGUCUUUGUAGCGGGAGGUGAUUGCUGAACACAAAACCUCUUUGUUAGGUUCUUCAUAACAAAAUUUGUUGACUGGGUUAUUUUGAGUGAACUAUUCAAAGACUUUUAUAUUGUUAUGUUGUUAUACAGAUUUGUGAACUCUGUGAACUUUACUGAUCACUUGUCUGCAUUUCUCUGUAGUUAGAACCUUUUGUUUGCCAACUACGGGCAUUAAACUCUUCACAUUUUUAUUACAUACUUUUAUUUAACUCCCUAUGCAUGUAUGUCCAUAGAUAUUUGUAAUCCAUUUUAUCAACUUCCCAUCGUCCUAGAGGUCUGAAAGUUUAACGAGUUACAGUUCUCGGUGAAAAUGCAAUAUUAAAUCAGUUCAAGCAAUCCACUAGUAAACUAUUUUUUUUUUAAUUUUCAGUUUGAAUGAGAAUGCAUUAAGGGAGACAAAUAACUGUUGCUCUAGGACUAGUAAAGUACAAGUUAUCUCCCAUAACUCGACUAACGAGAAGAGCAAGUCGUAAAACAAAACAAACAAACAAAAAAAAAAAAAAAAAAAAAAAAAAAAAAA